AGGCCUCCCAGUGGUUGCUGGAAUGGAGAGCUCUCUGACAGGCUGCACUAAGCCUGAGCACCUCCACACAGUCACUCCUCUGCUGGAGAGCUGGGCGCUUUCCCAGGUGGCAGGCACGACUGUCUUCCUCAAGUGUGAGAAUGUGCAGCCGUCUGGCUCCUUCAAGAUCCGGGGCAUUGGGCAUUUCUGCCAGGAGGUGGCCAAGAAGGGAUGCAGACACCUGGUGUGCUCCUCAGGGGGCAACGCAGGCAUUGCGGCUGCUUAUGCUGCCCGGAAGCUGGGCAUCCCUGCCACCAUUGUGCUGCCUGAGGGCACCUCCCUGCAGGUGGUGAAGAGGCUGAAGGGGGAGGGGGCUAAGGUGCAGCUGACUGGAAAGGUCUGGGACGAGGCCAGUCUGAAGGCGCAAGAGUUGGCCAAGAGGGAUGGUUGGGUGGACGUCCCUCCGUUUGACCACCCCCUGAUCUGGGAAGGCCACGCCAGCCUGGUGCGAGAGCUAAAGGCAGCACUGGGAACCCCACCUGGGGCCCUGGUGCUGGCAGUAGGGGGUGGAGGGCUCCUGGCUGGGGUGUCAGCUGGCCUGAUAGAAGUGGGCUGGCAGCAUGUGCCCAUCAUCGCUGUGGAGACCCAAGGGGCCCACUGUUUCAAUGCAGCCAUCAAGGCAGGCAGGCUAGUCACACUGCCAGAGAUCACCAGCGUGGCCAAGAGCCUGGGUGCCAAGACCGUGGCUGCGAGGGCCCUGGCAUGCACGCAGGAACUAGACAUCAUCUCCGAGGUGGUGGAGGACGGCCAGGCUGUGAGUGCUGUGCAGCAGUUCCUAGAUGACGAGCGCAUGUUGGUGGAGCCUGCCUGCGGGGCCCCUCUGGCUGUCAUCUACUCAGGCCUCCUGGGGAGGCUCCAGGCUGAGGGCCACCUGCGCCCAUCCCUGGCCUCGGUCGUGGUCAUUGUGUGUGGAGGCAACAACAUUGAUAGCGGAGCGUUGCAGGCUCUGAAAGCCCAGCUGGGUCAGAGCUGACGGCUCCUCAUCCGGAAUGGACACCCCAUAGCUGGCUGAGGGGCCUCUGUGCUCAUGGAUGGCCAUGGAAGCUGCUCCAUGCUUCUGUGCCAGCUGCCUCCUGCAGGAAGCCCUCCUGAAAUGCUUCCCUUGGCUCCCCCGCAGACCUAGUCAAUAAACACUCUGACAUGAA